CCCGCCCCCUGAGUGUAAACUGACUUACACCGGAAAACCGAAAGUAUCACACACACAACAGCGAUCGGUUGUUUACACUUGAUAAUCUAAACAAGUCCUCUCGCUGUUGUUGUGAUUUCAUAUCUUCUGAUUUAACAUGAUGACGUUUCUUCGUCUCUCUGCCGGAUAUUUAUUCUUCCUCCUCUUCGUCUCGGCUGGUUGUCCAGCUCCAGCAGAUCCAAUAGUGAAAAUAAUCGCCUUUGCAAAUGAAACGGCCAUCUUGCCCUGUCACAUUGACCCCAGUGACGACCUUCCUACAGUGGAGUGGUCCAAGGAAAACAUCUCUCCAAACAUCACCUUCCUGUAUCGGGGCUGUGAGACCUUCGCAGAGAAGAAUCCGCUCUUCCGCGACAGGACAAACAUUCAGUUGGACAAAGUGAAAGACGGUGAUCUGUCUCAGAUUAUCCACGACGUGCGGCUGUCUGAUGCAGGCGUGUACCGGUGCUUGACCAGGACAGAAAGGCAGGUGCAGGUUGAAGCAACGCUGGAGCUUUUUGUAGUUUCCGUGUCUAAGCCAAAGCUCACGUUUGUUCCUGCUGAUGAUGGAGUGAUGCUUCAGUGCACGGCAGAGUGCUGGUUCCCAGAGCCUCAGGUUCAGUUUCUGGAUGACCGAGGAUCAGAGAUUGAAGCUAAAGAAUCACAAAGAGUUGAAGACCCAACAGGAUGCUUCACCAUCACUAGGACUGUGGCUCUAAAGGUUGACACCAGCAGUGUGACCUGCAAAGUUCAAGAAACGCAGUCAAACGUAACAAGGAAGACUCAUCUUCAUAUUCCAGGUAGCUGUAUGUCAUCCUGCACUAAUGCGUGUGUAAUCACUGGAGCAGUCACUUUUGUGGUCACUGGUGUUUGUGUUUUGCUCAUGCUUUGUGGAAAUGCUGUUUGUGGAUGUUGGAUCAAAAAGUUGACAAAAGAGCAGACAAUCUACAACCUAAAUGCAGAAAUCAGUUACUUCACAUCCAAGCUGGAACCUGCUCCUCAAUGUGGCCAACCUCCUAGCACCUCCAUCUCAACACCUCCCAGCACCAACCAAGAGGACCAACUCCCUCAGAGCAUCACACUAAAACCAGCAGCUUCAUCCACAAGCAUCCACCGAGAAUCUGAUCAUAAAUCCAAGGUGAAAGAUUCCCAACAAGCAGUUCCAAAACACCCAGCACCUGGUCCCAAGGUGAAGGAGAACAACCCCAAAAGUGCUGCUUUUCCUUUCCCAAAGGGCGGUGCUGCACCUUCCAGUCCUCAUCCACCUCCCAUACCAGAAGGAAGUACCUGUUCCCGUUCUCUGAGUUUUUCUGGUCCCUAUUCCAGCAGUGGCCGGCUUCUCCGUAGACCUAGCAUGUCUAACCGCUACAGUGUUCUGGUAAAUUUAACUGAAGAUAAAGAGUCGCUGUUAAAGUAGGAAUGAAAAAUCAAAGGUUAGUAAAUUGCAUCAUGCAGUGUUUCCCCUAGGAAUUUUUCCAGCUGUGGUGGUGGUGGGUGGGGGAUUAUGACACGUCUCACAUUUAUGUUAAUAUUGUUUUAUUUGAUGCACUCCACUUUGAUCAGCACCAAUCCAGCAACUGCUGCAUUUUAAUAACUAGUAUUAAAGGUGAAUACUCCAGUAUUGGCACAAGAAUAACUUUUGUUUUAAACGCUCAGUGACACAAUUUG